AACGACGCCCACAUCGGGGAGUUUAUAAUUUUUGACUCCUCCAAGAAGCAAACUUUCACGCCAAACAAUGGCUUCAAAACUCUGACUAGAAAGCUAAAAUCAAGUUGGAAAGUCAUGAUGAAUAAAGAGCCAUUGAGCAAGAACUUACUUGCGUCAGCCAAAAUUUUCAUAAUCGCCUGUCCAAAUCAAAAAUAUUCAACUGCCGAGUUUGACGCGUUAAAAAGUUUUUUGGAAAAUGGCGGGAACCUGGUUGUGAUGAUGGGCGAAGGGGGUGAGGGUAGGAUGCAGACGAACAUCAACUUCUUCAUUGAGCAAUUUGGAAUUUCAGUUAGAGACGAUGUUGUGCUAAGGUCGCAUUACUACAAAUAUUUCCACCCGAAAGAAGCAUUCAUUUGCAAUGGCGUCGUUAACAGGUUGGUAGGUCGGGCCUCUGGCAAAUGGUCGGGCUAUCUGGAUGAAGACAGCAGAUAUUCACAGGCACUAUCAUUUGUAUAUCCGUACGGUUGUACGUUGAACGUUCAACGACCAGCUGUUAUAAUCUUAUCCUCUGGUGGCGCUUGCUUUCCGCUAAAUAGAUCGAUAUGCGCAAUUAAUAAAUCUAUGAAAGGUAAGCUCCUGGUGCUUGGAUCUCAGCACAUGUUUUCGGACCACUACUUAGAGAAAGAUGACAACUCCAAAUUACUGGCUAAUGAUGUCUUCUUGAAUUUGCUGACAACAGAUGAUGUCCAGUUGAAUCUCAUUGACGCUGAAAAUCCGGAAAUUUCAGAUUACAACAUGCUGCCAAACACGGCUCAGCUAUCGGACCAGGCCAAAUCCUGUCUACAGGAAACGGAUGAAGUACCACGUGACAUAACGACCCUCUUUACAAGUUCCCUCUUCACCCUGGAUACUACAUCAGUCCCGAAAGUUAUCAAGGCAUACGAACAGUUGAAAGUUCCACACGAAACCUUGACCCUCAUCGCCCCGCAAAUCGAAACACCCCUACCACCUCUGCAACCGGCUGUUUUUCCUCCAACCUUCCGAGACCUGCCAGCUCCACCCCUUGACCUUUAUGACCUCGACGAGCAGUUCACCUCGGAGAAAGCCAGGCUUGCUCAAUUGACUAACAAAUGCUCGGAAAACGAUUUGGAAUAUUACGUAAAAGAAUGCGGUCAUAUUUUAGGAUUGUCGUCAUCGUCGUCGUCGUCAUCAGCAUCAUCUUCGUUUAUUCCCGCCGAAAAGUUUACCGCCAAGAAUGUUCUAGAGUUUGUAAUGAACAAGAUCAUAAUGUUUAAGAAACUGCAGGUACGGUACAUGUGUGUUUGUUUUGUACGAGUACGUGUUUGUAUGUGCAUGUCUACGUGUGUGUGUGUGUAUAUAUAUAUGUGUGUGUUUGUAUGUGUUAUGUGUGUGUGUCUAUGUAUAUAUGUAUGUAUGUAUGUGUGUGUGUGUGUGUGUGUGUGUGUGUUUGUUUUUGUAAGUAGGUGA